AUGAUUUCUCCCCAUCCACAUCGAGAUGCGCUUCAACAUGACGGAUUUGUUGUUGUACGCAGCCUGCUCUCACCCUCUGAAGUCGAGCACUACCGGAAGAUCGCCGCAACAGCCACUUCCAAUACUCGCACUGGCUCCUGGCCCUUUUUCCGCACGGUGCCCAAACAAUUCCCCCCAUGGCCGACAAACACGCCUCCACCGGCGUCGGAAGGAGGAAUCUGGGGUGUUCAGCACUUGCUUCACCCAGAAAUGCCGGGGCGCAAUGAGUUUGCCAGGUGCUAUUUCUCUGAAUCGAUCCUCACGAUCGCCAGUGAAUUGAUGGGGGUAUCUUCACCCAGUUCAGACACAAACGCAACACCCACAGCCGAGCCAGAUGAGCCCCUCGUGAUGGAAUUAUUCAAUCUGCUCGUUGCCCCCGAGACAAAGAACUUUGAAUUGCGCUGGCACCGAGAUGACAUCUCCGACCAACUUUCUGCCGAGGAGGAACUCCGACAGCUCGAAUCCAAAUCACCUGGUGGGCGCCAGAGUCAUGCGCAGUAUAACUUGGCCCUGUGUCCCGACUCGUCUCUUAUUGUGGUCCCUGGCUCGCAUCGUCGUGCGCGGACCCUCAUCGAGCGUAAUGCAGAUCCCUACGAGGCGGUUCUUCCCGACCAGCUGGUGGUGCAAUUACAGCCGGGAGACGCGGUGUUCUACGAUAGCAAUAUCUUACACCGGGGGGUGUAUCAGGCUAAAGCAGAGGGGGCUGAUGAGACGCGGUUGACAUUGCAUGGUAGCCUUGGAUUGAAGGCUUCUGAUGCGGCGGACGCAAAAACUAAGCAGGUCAGAGCAACGGCGGUCUUGCAGCAUGGUGUGGGGGCGUGGGUGAACCGGGAGGAUGCAGCGUUUGGUCUGGGAGAAAGACCGGAGAGAAUGAGGGCCAAUUUAGUGGCCAUGGGAAGUGGAGAGGGAGUAGGUUACUCAUUGCAGGGGUAA